AUGACAGAACUUCAAGUUUUUCAGUGUUCAAACAACGCAAUCAAAAAAAUUCAACCUUGCUUCCCUAGGAACAUACAAUCUAUUGAUUUAUCCGAUAAUCCGAUCAAGUCUUUAUCUUUUAUUGAAAAUUCUGGACUGACGAAGUUAGAAUAUCUAAACAUUUCUAAUACAGCGAUAAAAUACAUAUCUGAUGUCAAGUUUUUACGAUUUUUACCCAAAUUGCAAGAAUUAAACAUACCAAUUCCGACAACUGGCGAAAAAAUCAAUUUCACUGAGAUUGUGAGAACUGCGUGUUCAUCAUUAAAGUACUUAAAUGAAGAGGAUAUUACAUUUUUUAACAAUGAUACGAAAGCUAAAAAGAUUGUUCAGUUAUUUGAAAAAGGAACAGAAGAUGACUUUAUUGAAUUCAUACACCAGCCAGAUUUAACAUUUACUUGGAAAAAUCCUGUAUUUAUUCCAUUUGAUGAUUCUCUCCCUCCACUUGACCGAGAAACUAUCAAAGAAAGAUUAACAGUUCUAGAAGCAACAAUGAUUGCACCCAAUUUUGCAACAGACCUGAAAUUUAAGCUAAAUAGUCUUGAAAAACAAUUAAAUUUGCUGAUUGCCCCUCCCGCACCAAAAAAUGAAAUGGGAGAAAUAAUAUCGCUUAUAACCCCUUUCAAAGAAGGCGACGAAGCUUUGCUCGACUCUUUACUCGAUGAAGUUCGCCAAAUAAAGAGACAAUUGAGCCAGGUGACACAAGUUCUUUAUGGUCAAGACACAGCAAUUAAAAGACUAUGGAAUGAUAUAUAUGGUGAAUAA